UGUGGAUUUGGUUUAAACCAAAAAUGCUUGAGAGUUACCUGAGAAGACAAGGUCUCUCCGGUACUCCUUACACGCCGCUCGUAGGCGAUUUGAAGAAGAAUUUUACUAUGACAAUGGAGGCAAGAUCCAAACCCAUCAAACUAACGGAUGAUAUCUCAACACGUGUCAUGCCUUAUAUCUUACAAAUGCUCAAGACUCACGGAAGGACUUUCUUUACAUGGCUUGGAACUACACCAACAAUCACUAUAAUGGAUCCUGAGCAAAUCAAGGAAGUGUUCAACAAAGUUUAUGAUUUCCAGAAGCCACAUACGUUCCCUUUGGGUAACGUGAUAGCCACCGGACUUGCUAAUUAUGAUGGUGAGAAAUGGGCGAAACACCGAAGAAUCAUCAACCCUGCAUUCCACCUUGAGAAGAUCAAGAAUAUGGUACCUGUGUUCCACCAAAGCUGCAGCGAGGUUGUUGGAAAAUGGGACAAGAUAGCCUCGGAUAAAGGGUCCUCAUGUGAGGUGGACGUUUGGCCUGGACUUGUGAGUAUGACUGCUGAUGUGAUCUCUCGUACUGCUUUUGGCAGCAGCUACAAAGAAGGGCAGAGAAUAUUUGAGCUCCAAGGGGAACUAGCACAACUCGUCAGACUAUCUUUUCUGAAAGCUUUCAUCCCUGGAUAUAUUUAUCUCCCAACAAAGAAUAAUAGAAGGAUGAAAGCAGCAUCCAGAGAAAUCCAAGUUAUACUGAGAAGGAUCAUUAACAAAAGGUUAAGGGCUAGAGAAGCACCAAGCGGCGAUUUGCUAGGUAUACUUCUGGAAUCAAAUUCAGGGCAAGCUAAAGGAAAUGAAUUGAGCAUUGAAGAUGUGAUGGAGGAGUGUAAGUUGUUCUAUUUCGCUGGACAAGAGACAACGUCAGUUCUUCUGGUCUGGACAAUGGUUAUGUUAAGCCAACACCAAGACUGGCAAGCUAGGGCACGAGAAGAAGUGAAGCAAGUUUUUGGCGAUAAAGAACCAGAUACAGAAGGCUUGAACCAGCUCAAAGUGAUGACCAUGAUACUAUAUGAGGUCCUUAGGCUUUAUCCUCCCAUACCUCAGAUGACCCGAGCCAUUCACAAAGAGAUGAAGCUAGGCGACCUGACACUGCCAGGAGGCGUUCAGAUCAGUCUACCUACUCUAUUAGUCCAUCGUGACACACAGCUAUGGGGCAGCGAUGCAGCCGAGUUCAAGCCCAAGAGGUUCAAAGACGGUGUCUCAAAGGCAACAAUGGGACAAGUCUCUUUCUUUCCCUUUGCGUGGGGGCCAAGGAUCUGCAUUGGCCAGAAUUUUGCUAUGAUGGAGGCAAAGAUGGCUCUCGCUUUGAUUCUACAGCGAUUCUCCUUUGAGCUCUCUCCUUCCUAUGCUCAUGCGCUUUACACUGCACCCACAGUUCGGUGCUCAUCUUAUCCUACACAAGAUAUAGUUCUGUAACGGAUAAACCCCUUUGGUUGUGUUGUUGUCAAAGAAACUUGUAAUACACUGAUGAAAUAAGUCCAGAUCAUAGUAAA